UUGGACAAUCAAUGGCUCUGUGCUGCCCACAUUGACAAUUUGGGGUUUCAGUAGCAUUAGAGUAGUAGUAGGAGGAGUACACUCUACUCACCACAUGCAGGCUGUGACCACCCCUUUAACCGUAAACCGCAAUUAAGCCUUUUCGGACCAUAAUUAGCGAGGACGGACCCCUUUUUUCUACGUUUGAAGUUUUGCCGUAAAAGCUGAGAGUUGUUUGUGUUGGGUACAUAAAUUACUGGUAUUUCACACUUCCCAAUUUCCCUCCCCUGGCACUAGACCAUCUCCCUGCACAUGGCGGAAGCAGAGCGCAGAUGAGAUGUGAAGGAUCUGGCAAUGAGAGUGUGAGAGAAUGAGGAGAAAUCAAUCGCCUUGAGAUCAUUGGAUCAUUUUUCCUCAUUCCUCAUUCUGCUACUUGCCUCCGCAUGCUGCUGCAAAGAUCGACGCUAAUGGAGUGGAGCAAGUAGUGGCGGCAGCAGCAGCUGCAGAAUUGUAGCGUUUUCUUCGGCAGAUAGAUGGGCAAGGCUGGCAGGUGGCUCAGAAGCUUCCUGACCGGCAAGAAGGCCAAGGACAAGGGGACUGACGACGGCCUGCCGGCGCCGGCCGCCAAGGAGAAGAGGCGCUGGAGCUUCCGGCGUCCGGCGGCGUCGUUGAGCGGCAGGGACACGAGCGCCGCGUCCGGCUGCCACAGCAAGGGCCAGCUCGCGUCCACGUCGUCGCACUGCUUCUCGGAGGUGAAUGUGGUGACGGUGCAGGACCAGCAUGCUGCGCCGCACGAGGUCGCGAGCACCGCGCCCACGGCGCCGCCGGAGGACGCCGCCCGUGGCGCCGAGGAAGCCGCGGCCGUCAAGAUUCAGUCGGCCUUCCGAUCGUACCUGGCGAGGAAGGCACUGUGCGCGCUGCGAGGGAUGGUGAAGCUGCAGGCCAUCGUGCGGGGGCAGCUGGUGAGGCGGCAGGCGGACAUGACGCUCCGCCGCAUCCAGGCGCUCGUCGCCGCCCAGAGGCGCGCGCGCGCCGAGCGGCUGCGGCUGCGGCUCCUCGACGGCGGCACGCCGCCGGCGCGGACCAGCCGCCGGUCGCCGCAGCAUCACUACUGCUCCCCCCGGAAGCCACUGUCCUUGACAAUGCAGGAGGCGGUGAACAGGGGCUCGGAGGAGAAUGGGAAGGGCGUCGGGGGGAUGGACAGCGGCGCACGGCGCAGCAGCUGCUGCUCGACGCCGGCGAAGGCGGAGUUGUACUACGACCGGAAGGCGUCGCCGGGGCCGUCGGGGAUGACGUCGGAGUUGAGCGUGCGGACGUUCAGCGGCCGGUUCGAGGAGGAGCACUACUCGGCCUCCUUCUCCGCGGCGGGGUCCGAGGCGAGCGCGCGCCACCGCGGCAAGGCGUGCCACGCCCACGCCGCGAGCUAUAUGGCCAACACGCAGUCGUCGCGCGCCAAGCAGGCGCGGUCGCAGAGCGCGCCGCGGCAUCGCCCCGAGGCGGCCUCGCCGUCGCGGUCGUACGAGCGGCCGGCUAGUGGGAGCGGCGGCAGGCGCAGGGCGUCCCUCGACCCGCGGGACCUCGCUGGCCAAGUGCGCGCCCCCUCGCCAAGGAGCUCCGUUGACGCGGGGCGUGUGACGCCGCAGGAUAGGCCUGGCGCGCCGCUCGCCGGCAGCGAGUGCGGGUCGUCGUCGAGCACCGCGCUGCUGCUGGCCUCGGCGGCCGCGGCGCGCAUCGCGAGAUGAUGACUCUGCACCGAGGCGGGGCGAAUGGAAUUUACUGCCGGAAUAAAAGCUUUCUUUCUGCCGUGAAUCGUCUGUCUUCACGUGAAUCAUUUCUUUCAGAGUUUGAUCGUUGGAGGUGGUGUUGCCCAGAAAAGUCAACUGAUUUAGUAGAUGAAAGUUAAUAAAGUCAUAUCUAACUUUCACAGA